CGAGCGGCUGAUGAGGAGCUGAGCCGGAGCUGUACCGGGGAAUGGAGCGGAGGGGAGCCGGGAGAGCGGGGGAGCAGGAGACAGAAUAAGAGAUUGUGAAGGAUUGGGACGGAUUUCCAGAAACAUCGCGGUCCAGGAUCGGUGAAGAUGUCGGAGAAGAUUUCCAGCUUCCUCCAUGUCGGGGACAUCGUCUCUCUCUAUGCGGAGGGAUCAGUGAAUGGAUUCAUCAGCACGUUGGGUUUGGUGGACGAUCGAUGUGUGGUGCAGCCGGAAGCCGGGGACCUCAACAACCCCCCCAAGAAGUUUCGAGACUGCCUGUUCCGGCUGUGUCCCAUGAACAGAUAUUCGGCUCAGAAACAGUUCUGGAAAGCGGCAAAACCCGGAGCCAGCAACACCACCGACACCGUCCUCCUCAACAAACUACACCAUGCAGCAGAUUUGGAGAAAAAGCAAAAUGAUACGGAGAACCGCAAGCUCUUGGGAACAGUCAUCCAGUACGGGAAUGUCAUUCAGCUGCUACACUUGAAGAGUAACAAGUACCUCACGGUGAACAAGCGCCUCCCGGCUCUGUUGGAGAAGAACGCAAUGCGGGUAACACUGGACGAGGCCGGCAACGAAGGCUCCUGGUUCUACAUCCAACCUUUUUACAAGCUGCGAUCCAUCGGUGACAGUGUGGUCAUCGGUGAUAAAGUUGUCCUUAACCCCGUCAAUGCUGGGCAGCCAUUGCAUGCCAGCAGCCACCAGCUUGCGGAUAACCCCGGAUGUAAUGAGGUGAAUUCAGUGAACUGCAACACCAGCUGGAAGAUUGUGCUUUUCAUGAAGUGGAGCGACAACAAAGAUGACAUCCUGAAGGGGGGGGACGUUGUGCGGUUGUUCCAUGCGGAGCAGGAGAAGUUCCUGACGUGUGAUGACCAUAGAAAGAAGCAGUAUGUGUUUCUCAGGACCACCGGCCGCCAGUCUGCCACCUCUGCCACCAGCUCCAAGGCAUUAUGGGAAGUGGAGGUUGUCCAGCACGACCCGUGUAGAGGAGGCGCCGGCUACUGGAACAGCCUGUUCAGAUUUAAACAUUUGGCAACAGGACAUUACCUGGCAGCGGAGGUGAACCCUGACUAUGAGGCAGGUAGCCUGGAAGCUGAGGUCUCAAUGGACUUGGAUCAGGACCCGGCCCGGCCCAGGGUAAGAGUGGCUCCGGAGAAGAUGAUGUGCACCUUGGUCUCUGUCCCCGAAGGCAACGACAUCUCCUCCAUCUUUGAGUUGGACCCAACCACUCUGAGAGGCGGCGACAGCCUGGUACCAAGAAACUCCUACGUACGAUUGCGCCAUUUGUGUACGAACACCUGGGUGCACAGCACCAACAGCCCCAUCGAUAAGGAUGAGGAGAAGCCGGUCAUGUUGCGGAUUGGAACGUCCCCUGUGAAGGAAGACAAGGAAGCAUUUGCCAUUGUUCCCGUGUCCCCGGCGGAGGUCAGAGAUCUGGACUUUGCCAAUGAUGCCAGUAAAGUUCUCUCUUCCAUUGCGGGCAAGUUGGAGAAGGGGACCAUCACCCAGAACGAGAGGAGGGCGGUGACCAAACUCUUGGAGGAGUUGGUUUAUUUUGUGACAGCCGGAGUGAAUUCUGGGCAGGAUGUUCUGGAGGUCCUGGUGAACAAACCCAACCGCGAACGCCAGAAACUGAUGCGGGAGCAGAAUAUCCUGAAACAGAUCUUCAAGCUGCUGCAGGCCCCGUUUACGGAUUGUGGUGAUGGUCCAAUGCUGAGGUUGGAGGAACUUGGGGAUCAAAGACACGCCCCCUUCAGGCACAUCUGCCGGUUGUGCUACCGCGUCCUGCGGCACUCCCAGCAAGAUUACCGCAAGAAUCAGGAGUACAUCGCCAAACAAUUUGGAUUUAUGCAGAAGCAGAUCGGAUACGAUGUGCUGGCGGAAGACACAAUCACCGCGCUAUUGCACAAUAACCGCAAGCUGUUGGAGAAGCACAUCACCGCGGCCGAGAUCGACACCUUCGUCAGCCUGGUGAGGAAGAACCGGGAGCCCAGGUUCCUGGAUUACCUCUCCGAUCUCUGCGUUUCAAUGAACAAAUCCAUCCCCGUCACACAGGAGUUGAUAUGCAAAGCCGUUCUGAAUGCUGCCAAUGCCGAUAUCCUCAUCGAGACAAAGCUGGUGCUGUCGCGUUUUGAAUUUGAGGGCGUGAGCAGCAGCGAGAGCCCUCUGGAAAACGGAGAGGACGAGGAGGAAGUUUGGCUUUUCUGGAGAGAUGCCAACAAGGAAACGAGAAGUAAAAGUAUUCGAGAGUUGGCUCAGGAUGCCAAGGAAGGACAGAAGGAGGACCAGGAUGUCCUUAGUUAUUACAGGUACCAACUAAACCUCUUUGCCCGCAUGUGCCUGGACCGGCAGUACUUGGCCAUCAAUGAGAUUUCCGGGCAGCUAGAUGUGGAUCUUAUCCUGCGCUGUAUGUCCGAUGAGAAUCUGCCGUUCGAUCUGCGAGCGUCAUUCUGCCGGUUGAUGCUGCAUAUGCACGUGGACCGAGACCCCCAAGAACAGGUGACCCCUGUGAAAUACGCCCGCCUCUGGUCAGAGAUCCCUUCAGAAAUCGCCAUAGAUGACUAUGACAGCAGUGGGACAUCGAGGGACGAUAUCAAGGAGAGAUUCGCACUGACGAUGGAGUUUGUGGAAGAAUAUUUGAGGGACGUUGUUGGGCAGAGAUUUCCGUUCUCCGAUAAAGAGAAGAACAAGCUGACCUUUGAGGUGGUGAACUUGGCUCGCAAUCUCAUCUACUUCGGCUUUUACAAUUUCAGCGACCUCCUCCGUCUAACCAAAAUUCUUCUGGCCAUCCUCGACUGUGUGCACCUGGCUACCAAUUUCCCCACCAACAAAAUGGGCAAAGAUGAUGAAAAGCAAGGUGGCAGUAACGUUAUGCGCUCCAUCCAUGGCGUUGGAGAACUUAUGACUCAGGUCGUACUACGUGGCGGGGGGUUCCUUCCGCUCACCCCCAUGGCAGCCCCAGAAGGAGCCAUUAAACCUCAGAGAGAGCCGGAGAAGGAGGACAUCCUGGUCAUGGACACCAAGCUGAAGAUCAUUGAGAUUUUGCAGUUCAUUCUGAACGUUCGCCUGGAUUAUCGCAUCUCCUGUCUCCUCUGCAUCUUCAAGAGUGAGUUUGAUGAGAGCAACGCUCAGUCUGCAGACGGGUCGGACACCGUGACUGUGGUGCCAGGUGCCCUGGAUUUCGAGCACAUCGAGGAGCAGGCGGAGGGCAUCUUCGGGGGAAGUGAAGAGAACACCCCGUUGGACCUGGACGAUGAUGGCGGUCGCACCUUUCUGCGCGUCUUGCUCCACCUCACCAUGCAUGAUUACCCCCCUCUGGUGUCGGGGGCCCUGCAGCUGCUCUUCCGCCAUUUCAGCCAAAGGCAGGAGGUUCUCCAGGCCUUCAAACAGGUCCAGCUGUUGGUCACCAGCCAGGACGUGGAUAACUACAAGCAGAUAAAGCAGGAUUUGGACCAGCUGAGGUCCAUCGUGGAAAAGUCGGAGUUGUGGGUCUACAAAGGGUCGGGGCCGGAGGAGACGGCGGAGCAGACGACGGGCACAGCGGGCACCAAAGAGGAAGGAUCUGGGAAGCCAAAGAAAGCGGAAAGCACGAGCAGCUACAACUACAGAGUGGUGCGCGAGAUCCUCCUGCGGCUCAGCAAGCUCUGCGUGCAGGAAAACUCGUCCGGGCGCAGAAACCGCAAACAGCAACAACGUCUCCUGCGGAACAUGGGGGCGCACACGGUGGUGCUGGAGCUGCUGCAGAUCCCCUAUGAGAAGUCUGAGGACACGCGCAUGCAGGAGAUAAUGAGGAUCGCUCAUGAAUUCCUGCAGAACUUCUGUGCCGGGAACCAGCAGAACCAGACGCUUCUCCACAAACACAUCAACCUCUUCCUGACCCCGGGGAUUCUAGAGGCCGUCACCAUGCAGCACAUCUUCAAAGACAACUUCCAGCUGUGCAGCGAGAUAAACGAGCGCGUCGUCCAGCACUUCGCUCACUGCAUCGAGACGCACGGCCGCAGCGUGCAGUACAUCAAAUUCCUGCAGACCAUCGUGAAGGCCGAGGGCCGGUUCAUCAAGAAGUGCCAGGACAUCGUCAUGGCGGAGCUGGUGAACUCCGGAGAGGACGUCCUCGUCUUCUACAAUGACCGGGCCUCCUUCCAGACUCUGGUGCAGAUGAUGCGUUCGGAGCGCGAGCGGAUGGAUGAGAACAGCCCCCUCAUGUAUCACAUCCACCUGGUGGAGCUGCUGGCCGUUUGCACGGAGGGGAAGAACGUUUACACCGAGAUCAAGUGCAACUCGCUGCUGCCGCUGGACGACAUCGUGCGCGUGGUGACGCACGAGGAUUGCAUUCCGGAGGUGAAGAUCGCCUAUAUAAACUUCCUCAAUCAUUGCUAUGUGGACACAGAGGUGGAGAUGAAGGAGAUCUAUACCAGCAAUCACAUGUGGAAGCUGUUUGAGAAUUUCCUGGUGGACGUCUGCAGGGUGUGUAACAGCACGAGCGACAGGAAACACGCGGACUGCGUCCUGGAGAGAUACGUGACGGAAACCGUGAUGAGCAUCAUAAACACCUUCUUCAGCUCCCCCUUCUCCGAUCAGAGCACCACGCUGCAGACCCGGCAGCCGGUGUUUGUUCAGCUCCUACAAGCCGUGUUCCGGGUCUAUCACUGCGGUUGGCUCAUUCCAUCACAGAAGGCCUCGGUGGAGAGUUGUAUUCGAGUUUUGUCUGAUGUGGCGAAGAGCCGCGCCAUAGCCAUCCCUGUCGAUCUGGACAGCCAGGUGAACAACUUGUUCCUGAAAAGCCAUAAUAUCGUGCAGAAGACGGCCAUGAGUUGGCGCAUGACGGCUAGAAAUGCCGCCCGGCGCGAUUCCGUGCUGACAGCGUCCCGGGACUAUCGCAAUAUUAUCGAACGACUGCAGGACAUCGUGUCUUCAUUAGAAGAUCGGCUGCGUCCUUUGGUCCAAGCGGAACUUUCUGUCCUCGUGGACGUCUUGCACCGGCCGGAGCUCCUGUUUCCAGAACACACGGAGGCCCGGAAGAAAUGCGAGAGCGGACAGUUUAUCUGCAAGCUGAUAAGACACACGAAGCAGCUCCUGGAGGAGAACGAGGAGAAGUUGUGCAUUAAAGUCCUUCAGACGCUGAGAGAGAUGAUGGCCAAAGACCGCGGCUUCGGUGACAAGCUUGUAGCCAUUGACGUUGUGGAAAGUUCUGAGGAUCCGGGUCAGGCCCAGUCUGUGAGGCAACUGGAAGAUCUGAAGAGGGGGGAAGCGCUCCGCGUUAUUUUGGUGAACCGAUAUCACGGGACCGUCAAGCAGAGCGGAAGAAGGGAAAGUCUCACCAGCUUUGGGAAUGGACCGCUGACUGGAGGAGUCGGUGUGAAGCCGGCCGGUUUAGCCGGCUCCAAUGCGGGGAGUUUAAGCCGAGGGGAGAUGAGUAUGUCGGACGUUCAGUGCCACCUCGAUAAGGAAGGGGCUUCGGAUCUCGUCAUUGACCUCAUCAUGAACGCCACCACUGACCGCGUGUUCCACGAGAGCAUCCUUUUGGCGAUUGCGCUUCUUGAAGGCGGGAAUACGACUAUUCAGCAUUCCUUCUUCUGCCGCCUCACCGAGGACAAGAAGUCGGAGAAGUUCUUUAAAGUUUUCUUCGAUCGGAUAAAAGUCGCCCAUCAGGAAAUCAAAGCCACCGUGACGGUGAACACCAGCGACCUCGGCAGCAAGAAGCGCGAUGAGGAGCAAUCUGAGAGGGAGACCCCGCACCGCAAGAGAGUCCUGGAGGCCGGUUUGCAGAUCACGGAAGAGGCGAAGGAUCAGCUGAUGGAGGCCACUGUCGCCACCAAGAAGGCGUUCAACUCUUUCCGCCGGGAAGCCGACCCCGACGAUCAUUUCUCCGCCAACGAGGGGGGAUUGGCCGAGAAAGGGCGGGACGAGCUGGAAAUGAGCCCCAUCAUCGCCAUCAUGCAGCCAAUCCUGCGCUUCCUACAGCUGCUCUGCGAGAACCACAACAGGGACCUGCAGAACUUCCUGCGCUGCCAGAACAACAAGACCAACUACAACCUGGUGUGCGAGACGCUGCAGUUCCUGGACUGUAUCUGCGGCAGCACCACGGGGGGCCUGGGCCUGCUGGGCCUCUAUAUCAACGAGAAGAACGUGGCCCUCAUUAACCAGACGCUGGAGAGCCUGACGGAGUACUGCCAGGGCCCGUGCCAUGAGAACCAGAACUGCAUCGCCACCCACGAGUCCAACGGCAUCGACAUCAUCACCGCCCUGAUCCUGAAUGACAUCAACCCGCUGGGCCGCAAGAGGAUGGACCUGGUCCUGGAGCUGAAGAAUAACGCUUCCAAGCUUCUUCUCGCUAUCAUGGAAAGCCGACACGACAGCGAGAACGCCGAGCGCAUUCUGUACAAUAUGAGGCCGAAGGAGCUGGUGGAGGUGAUAAAGAAGGCUUAUCUGCAGGGUGAGGUGGAGUUCGAAGAGGCGGAGGGCUGUGAGGAUCACGCCGCCUCUCCCCGCAACGUGGGGCACAACAUCUACAUCCUGGCCCAUCAGCUUGCACGGCACAACAAAGAGCUCCAGCAUAUGCUGAAACCAGGUGUGCAGACGGGGGAUGGAGAUGAGGCUCUGGAGUUCUAUGCCAAGCAUACGGCCCAGAUAGAGAUUGUCCGUCUAGACCGCACCAUGGAACAGAUUGUGUUCCCUGUGCCCAGUAUCUGUGAAUUUCUGACCAAGGAGUCCAAACUGCGAAUUUAUUACACAACGGAGCGGGAUGAACAGGGGAGUAAGAUCCACGACUUCUUCCAGCGCUCAGAGGACCUCUUUAAUGAGAUGAACUGGCAGAAGAAGCUGAGAGCUCAGCAAGUCCUCUACUGGUGCUCUCGGAACAUGACCUUCUGGAGCAGCAUCUCCUUCAACCUGGCCGUCCUCAUGAACCUCCUGGUCGCUUUCUUCUACCCCUUUGUUGGUGUCCGAGGAGGCACCCUGGACGCCCGCCUCUCUGGUCUACUCUGGACAGCCAUGUUGGUUUCUUUAGCCAUAGUUAUUGUACUACCCAAGCCUCACGGGAUCCGAGCGCUGAUCGCCUCCACCAUCCUGCGGCUAAUCUUCUCUAUAGGACUUCAGCCUACGUUGUUUCUGCUGGGUGCUUUUAAUGUGUGCAAUAAGGUAAUCUUCCUGACCAGCUUUGUUGGGAAUCGCGGAACGUUCACAAGAGGUUAUGGAGCAAUGAUCCUGGAUGUGGAGUUUCUUUAUCAUCUCUUGUACCUUCUUAUCUGUGCCAUGGGUGUCUUUGUACACGAGUUCUUCUACAGCCUGCUGCUCUUUGACCUGGUCUAUCGGGAGGAGACCCUACUGAACGUAAUAAAGAGCGUGACGCGGAACGGGCGCUCCAUCAUCCUCACCGCUGUUCUGGCGCUGAUCCUGGUCUACCUGUUCUCCAUCGUUGGGUAUCUCUUCUUCAAAGAUGACUUUAUACUGGAAGUGGACCGGCUGCCAAACGAGACCAACUUUCCGGAGACGGGGAGCACGAUGGCCAGGGAGCUUCUGUACCCCGAAGUGUGCCGGUUGGGGUCGGGAGGGAACUGCACCCACGGUAGGUACACAGAGGAGCCGCCUCCGGAAGGGGGGGAGGAGGAGGAGGAGAAGGAGCACACCUGUGAGACCCUCCUGAUGUGUAUCGUGACGGUGCUGAGCCACGGGCUGAGGAGCGGCGGGGGAGUCGGCGAUGUUCUGCGCAAGCCAUCUAAAGAGGAGCCGCUGUUUGCCGCUCGCGUCAUUUACGACCUGCUCUUCUUCUUCAUGGUCAUCAUCAUCGUCCUGAAUUUAAUCUUCGGGGUCAUCAUUGACACGUUCGCUGAUCUGAGGAGUGAGAAGCAAAAGAAGGAAGAAGUUCUGAAGACCACGUGUUUCAUUUGUGGUCUGGAACGGGACAAGUUUGACAAUAAAACGGUGACGUUUGAAGAGCACAUUAAGGAGGAACACAACAUGUGGCAUUAUUUGUUCUUUAUUGUUCUGGUGAAAGUGAAAGAUUCUACGGAGUAUACUGGACCCGAGAGCUACGUGGCGGAGAUGAUAAAGGAGAGGAACCUGGACUGGUUUCCGAGGAUGAGGGCCAUGUCCCUGGUGAGCAGCGACUCAGAAGGUGAACAGAAUGAACUUCGGAACCUGCAGGAGAAGUUGGAGUCCACCAUGCGGCUCGUCACCAACUUGUCCGGCCAGCUCACCGAACUCAAAGACCAGAUGACGGAACAGCGGAAGCAGAAGCAGAGGAUCGGUCUCCUGGGGCAGCCGGCUCACCUAAAUCUCAACCCCCAGCAGCCAGCAUAGAUCCUCCCCCAUCCUCCACACACCGCCGUGUCCCUUAGAGCCAUCCAUACGGAUUCCAGCUGCUCUGCUUCAGACUUCGGCCCGCCACUUCCGCCGCCACCGAUUUCUUUUCCAUUCGCAUCCAGCGUUGGAAUAUUUUUGUGCCAAAUGAACCCCCCGAUCGUCGGGCGCGAACGAACUUUGCACUGAGAGGAAAUAAUAAAAACUGAAUUUCGAGAGUCCAUUUUAUAUUUCAGAUUGAAGAGAUUAUAUUUAUGAAACUUUUUUUUUUCCUAUUUGUAACGUUUUGAGUGUAAGGACCACUGUGAUGUAUUGUGUGGGAUGACACCCCUCCGCCGCCAUCUUUGUUCUUCCGUUCAUACUGUGCCCCUCCCCCUAGGAUGACCAGGCCUGAAAUAUUUUUUGUCAGCGAUUUGCUGAGAAGUUGACCUGAUGACCAAACCCAGCUUGGCCCCCAUCCCCCCCCUUCCCUCUGCCUCGUCCUCCAUUAGAGUGAGUGGGACUGUGAAACGCGUCGGCUGAGAUCAAGGUUUUGAAUUUUUUUGAACUUUAUUCCCUGCAGAAUGAUGAACGUUGCGCAUUCAGACUCCUCCCCCCACCCCGAUGGAAGGACCGGCUGUAAUUUAUACUUUUUUCCCGCUCUGUUUUUUUUGUACACACGUUCUUUGUUUCUUGAUACACAGAAGCUGCUCCCUGACUUUGUAAAUGUGCAAGUUUGAGAUUAAAACUCUGAAUAUGCA